CUUCGACUGUUUCGGCCAUCUCUGGGCCGCGAAUCGGCUCUUGCCCCGUCCGAGCCUUCGCCCUCUCUCUCCUCCUCUCCUUCUUCGUCUUCUUCCUCUUCUCGAUCUGCCUCAUCCCUUGGUGCUGAGAGUCUCAGGGAGCAGGAUGAACCAUUGCAAGCCGGAGCAUGAGCCCCUCGAGUACUUCCUGAUGCCGCUUGCCGAUCGCUUGUUGCGGCAUCAGUUCAAUGAGGAAAGGCAGUUGCGAUACAACAUUCAGCAGGUGAACAUGCCUGCGCCCGGGGUUGGUGAUCUGGCGGAAUACUCGUUGCUCUGUGAUCGGCUGACGUAUGCGGGGUUGUACGUGGACGUGACGCAGUUACCUGGGCGGGAGACGACUCGAGUGUUCAUAGAGUUCCGCGCGCUCCAGGUGGCACCUAACUUCGUGCAUAGCGUCGCCACCUUUAUCGGAGACCUGACGAUCUUGCCGCAGCCGAAUCGGGAGCCGAUGCGAAGCUUUGUGAGAGAAUACGCGGUGCAGGCGGCGAGAUCAGUAGGCAGAGUGCAAGGACGGGGAGGAUACCGAUUCACAGCCCACGAAGCGCUGUUACGCAGGGCAGAGGACGGACCAAUUGGCUAUGAGAUGAAAGCCCCGUUCGUCAAAGGAUCCGACGAGACGGGUAUGAAGUGCAAGGCAGUGGUGCGCAACAUCUUGUUCGAUCAAACAGCCUCUAAGCUCUUCUUCAUCUUGGACCAGAUCUGCUCGAAGCCAAUCAGACGCCUUUUGUCGUUUUACGCAUCUAUCUUGGGCGCGCAAGUUGUGGAGGAGGGUAGGUUGAUAAGCACCUGGUGGGCAGGGUCGGACGGGACCGGACCGCAGGUUCUGAGCGCCACGUGCCAAGACCAUAACUGCACUUUGUACAUGGAUCUCGCCAGUGGGAUGGCUCUCUCGAAGUCCGGAUCUCAGCUGAUCGUGUCGGGAUACCAUUCUGCAACUCCGCCGGGAUCUUGGCUUACCACCGUCAAUACCGAGACCGGGGAGAGGAGUUCUGUCCCGGUGCAGCUGGACUUCGCCACCGGGAUCGCUCUCGACCCCGACAUGACCACUCUGUUCGUCGCGACCGGGUUGGUCCCUCCUCCUCGGAUCUUGUCGUCUCCAAUUACCCUCGAUAAGAACGGCGAUCUUCCCACCCAGGGACUCUCCACGCCCUCCCCCCUCUUCAUGUUCGAUCAGUUCCAGGAGUGGGAGACGUCAUCCAUUUACUUUGGACCUCACAGUUUGCCGAGCGAUGGCAGGUGCUUGUACUUCGUCGAUCGCAAGCCCGGCGGUAGCGUCUGGGCACUCAAUCGCUCCUCGAAUGAGGUCAACCUUGUCGCGGGUAGCGGAUUAACCUCCCAGGUCUUGCCGCUAAUAGCAGCUCCUAGUAACCUUAACAGUGGAAACGGUAGCAGUAGUAAUAGCAAGAUAGUGAUGUCCGAUGCUUUGAACGUGUCUUUCGGACAGCUAUACGACCUUGCGGUUACGGAGGAUGGUCUAAACAUCUUCGUCUCGGAUAUCGACACAGGUCUUGUGCGAGAGCUCGUCUUGCUCCUUGGUACGGACGACGGACACGUGUUCCAGCUCAGCAUCAACAGGUCAGCGCUGGAUCCCAGCAAUAACCCUUACGCUUUCGCACUCCCAGGCAGCUCUUCGGCACCCGAUCCCGACAGAUCUUAUGCCUACCCCUCCCUCUCUUCUCCCCUCGCCAGGCCUGGCUUUUCGGACAAGGAUGAAGGCCCGAGAAUCGGUCUCGUUGUCAGUCUAGUUGUCGGUCUCUCCCUCCUUUCUUUGCUCUUGUUUGUCGGGAUCGGGGCGACAGUCUGUCGAGGCCGGCUUCGUCUUCAGAAAUGCUGCCAUAAUGGAGACUCAUCAGUAGCGUGUUACGCAAUCCACGGGGUCCGAGAGUUCGAUUGGAAGACCUUAAGGGCAGCGACAAGCAACUUUGACACUUCUCGACGGAUUGGAAUGGGCGGUGGCGGCAUCGUCUACCGGGGAUUACUGGUGGACAGGGAUCCACCGAGUCUGAGGCAGAUCGCUGUGAAGGUCAUGGACGGCUCGCAGACAAAGGACAAGGAAGAGCAAUUCCUAGCAGAGGUGCAAAUGCUCAGCCGGGUACAUCAUGUCCAUGUGUGUGGCUUGAUUGGCRUCUGCCGACAUGGUAGUAUGUGGUUCUUGGUUUAUCCUUACUUGGAGGGUGGGAGUUUGCACGACCGGCUGCAUCAACGGGUCGAAGAUCGAACAAGAGAAGCACCAGGAGGGGGAGGCACAAGAGAAGUAUCGGAAGGAGGAGGAGCCGUGGCAGCGCCAGACGAAGAGCUAGGAGGGUCCGAAAGUGCGAAAGCAGGAGGGGAAGCGGGAAGAGGGCCUGGAGCAGAGGGAGGAGGGGUCACACAAGAAGGAGAGAAACGAAGUGAAAGAGAAUCAUUCCACGCAGACGAGGAAGACUUACCAACCGACGGAGAAGAAGCAGCCAGGGGAGGAGGCGAAGCGGGGGGUGGAGAUUCUGGAGAAGAGUCAGAUAUCCCAGCGAAAGUCGAAGCAGUAGCAAGGCGACACCUGUCGGCUUUCUCGUGCCUAUGCGGCAAUCAGAAACGGUCAAUGGCCGCCGCAGAAGCAGAAGCAGAAGCAGAAGCAGAAGGCCGGCACAACCCUCUCGCUCCUCCCCUUACCCUGAUAGAGCGUGUUGUGGUUGCCGAACAGAUCUCUAAGGCGCUUCGUUACCUUCAUUUCGGUGCUAACCCACCACUUAUCCAUCGUGAUGUAAAGAGUCGAAACGUGUUGUUGGGAGAGGGAGGUGGUACGGAGCUGAAGGCAUUCUUAGCUGAUUUCGGUCUCGCUAAAGUUAUGGAGGACAGGCAUCGAUCAAGAAGCCACGCUGCAGUCCCGCAAGCAACCCGUCCCGGGACGCGGGGCUACGUUGGUCCCGAGUACGCCAAAGGAGGGAAGCUGACGAGGGAGAUCGACGUGUACUCUUUUGGAGUUGUCCUCUUGGAACUGCUUACUGGCAGAAGCGUGUUAAUUCGUGGUGAGGGGGACAAGAACGUAACCCUAGUGGAGCAGAUGCGCAACCACCUAGCCGAGGUAGAUGCCGUCGAUCUGAAGGACGUUGUGGAUCCUUCCAUUAGAGGGGAAAUGGGUGAUGUUGUAAUGAGGGAAAUCACAAGAGAGAUGUUUGCUGUGGUUGCUGAUUGUGUUAAUCUCGAUGACAAGUUGCGGCCGAGCAGCAAGGAGGUAGCUUCCAAGAUGGAGGAGAUUUUGAAGACGGCCGAAGUAACUCUCAAGGAACCGCGGUUAUACACCGGUCAGCCAUCGACUGCUCAGGAGUUCACAAUGUUUGGUUGUGUUGCCAUGGAUUGGGUGAGGAAAGGUAACGGUGCCAAACGGAUUACCCCUGGUUGGCCGUUAGGUCAUCCGAUCGUUCACAUUGAUGGGGAGUUGGAUAAUCAGCUUACAGUGGUUGCUUGUAGUGCCGAGUAUCACACGCCCCCACUGUGCAGAGGUAACGGUGUGUAACGGCUUUGCCUCGGUUGUCCGUUAGGUCAUCCGUUUACACCCACCCAUCU